GCGACUGUCAAUUCCGUAAAAUGUCAAAUACCAAAAACUUGACUGUCAAAACAAAAUAUACAUAAGUCGUCUCACGGAUUUAAGAAAAAUAGACGGAAUUAAGUUAGAGUAUUUCGUUUCUCAUAAUAGGUAAUGGCGGCGGCACGAGCGGCAGGAGCGGCGGAGGCGUGGGCGGGCGCGGCGCGCAUGGCGGCGUGGCGCGCGCACUCGUACGCCGCCGACGACGCGGGCGCGGCCGCCGCGCUGCGCCUCGACGCCGCGCGCCGCCCCGUGCGCCGCGCGCCCGCCGAACUGCUGGUGCGGGUGCACGCCUCUUCCAUCAACCCUAUCGAUCUCGCUAUGAUCCGUGGUUACGGCUCACGCGUGCUAAACGCCUGGCGAGCGCUCGAAGGGAGCGAGGGCUUGGAGUUCCCAUUGACACCGGGGCGAGACUUCGUAGGGACGGUGGCGGGGGCCGCCCCGGGCGCAGCGCUCACCCCGGGGGAGCGCGUGUGGGGCGUGCUGCCGCCGCAUAGAGUAGGGGCGCACGCGGAGUACGUGCUCGCCAAGGACAGCUGGGUGAGCAAAGCGCCGGAGAACCUGGACGACCUGGAAGCGGGCGGCGCGCUGUACGGCGGGCUCACCGCGUGCGCCGCGCUGCGGGCCGCGGGGCUGGCUCCCGGCGGGGCGGGCGAGGGGGGGCGCCGCGUGCUGCUGCUGGGGCUCGGCGGCGUCGGCCACGCGGCCGCGCAGCUGCUCGUGCGCGACACCCACCAUGUGGUGGUGAGCUGCGCCAGCGAGCAAGCGGAAGCGGCGCAAGCAUUAGGAGCGGAGCCCCUCGACCGCCGCCAAGAAGGUUACGCCGAAUCUCUGGCGCAGGCCGGCCCGUUCGACGUGGUGAUAGACUGCGCAGGGCAGGGCGGCGCCGGCGCCGCGCUGCUUCCCUGCGCGUUCGGAGUCUACGUCACGCUGACGUCGCCGCUGCUGCGCCAGACCGACGCCAGCGGCAUACUGCCGGGCACCGUGGCCGCGGCGGCUGAUCUCAUACAGCAGAACCUGGCUGUCAGACAACCUGCGCAGAUAGCGUCUCUGUCCGCGUGGCUGCCGCGCGUGCGCUGGGCGUUCUUCUCGCCGCGCGCGGACGACAUCGCGCUGCUGCGGCGGCGCGCGUCGCGCGGGCACUUCACGGUGUGCGUGGAGCGCGCGUGGGGCUGGCGGCACGCGGGCGACGCGUACGCGCGCGCGGCGCGGGGACACGCGCGCGGGAAACUCAUGAUCGACUUCACCGCACCGUAAAUGCCUGACAUAUGAAAAAAUAAAGUGUUGGUGGAUCGUUUACAGUGUUCUAAGUCGUAUUGGAUUGUAGUGUGGUGGUUUUAACAUGUAAAAAUGUGAAUUGACGCAGUUUUUGGUGACCGAGCGACGCGUACGCUCGGCUGUGCGCGCGGGAAACUUAGGUAAAUGAUAACAGUCAUGAUUGACUUCACCGCACCGUAAUAACUUCACGAAAACAAGUAAAAGUGUGGGUGUGAUCUUGUAGAUAGUAUUCAUAGUCGCGUUGGAUAGUGGUUUGGUGAUUCUAUAAUAUACAAAUGUGUUAAAGUUUUCGGUGGCCGUGCGCGGGAAAUUUUUAAUUUCAUACUCGACUUCACCGCAUCGUAAGUGCGUUUUCACAUUAUCCGAUCCGAUAUGUAGGACCGAUAUCCUAUAAAUAUUAAAGGCGCCAUCUUUGAUUAUUCCUUUGACAUAUUUUCUGAAUCCGAUAUCGGAUCAGAUAAUGUGAAAAUCCCUCGAUUCCUCUUACUCUUAUAUUUAUUUUAAUACUUACUGUUUCUCACUAUCAAAUCUAAGGCACAUUUGUUAGAAGCCUUAUCGCUAAACAUACAAAUGUAGCUUAUCAAUAAACAACCAUUUCAGUUAGAUGACAUAAAAGUAAAAUAGUAAAAUACACAGCAUAGAGUAUAGAGUCAAUACAGCUUGAUGAUAUGAAAGUAAACUCAUGAUGAUAGAUAAACGCUUUAUAAACCGGAAUCCAUACUAAUAUUAUAAAUGGGAAAGUGUGUGUGUCUGUUUGUUUGUCCGUCUUUCACGUCAAAACGGAGCUUUGGUGAAGAUAGUUGAAGGGAUGGAGAGUGACAUAGGCUACUUUUUGUCUCUUUCUAAUGCGGGCGAAGCCGCGGGCAAAAGCUAGUUAGCUUAUAAAUGUUUGUCUUUAACUAUCAUGUUGACUUUUGUAUUUGUAAGAAAGAGACUAAAUACUUUUAACCAAUCAAUUCAGUGACUUUUUUAUGAAUAAGGGGAUUAGUCAGCAAAUAAUAAUAAAUUUUAAAUUGCAACAUUCGGAGGUCCAGACGUCUUACUAAAGAUGAAAUGAAUUUAACCAUGUGUAUGUGGUCAGGAAGACAACACCAUCUAGACAUUUCAACUAAUAAGGUAUGUUUAAGGAACUGUUACCACCUGUUUAGCUUUAAAGUUGACUGUUGAUCAUGCGUCAUGUCAUGAAAUAAAUAAUGUAGGUACAUAUUAUGUACAUGCAACAUCUUAGAUAGUCAGUAUUAUUUAAGAUAUUGAAUAAAAUUUAAUAUCAAAUUUAUAAUUGUUGUA